GCAUACGUCAUCAGUGCGGGACAUCAUGUGCAGGUCUGUGAAGGACGCCGAUCAGAAGUUUGGGAUGAAAUAAUUAAAAAGAUUAAAAACAUAGGCUGGUUGUUAAGGUUGUUUCGGGUUAUGUGUGAGAUUUAACUUAAAAUCUCGGAGAAAUCCAAAAAUAAAACAGCAGAAAGCAAGCGGAAGUCAGCCUAAUCAGUGUCGCUGUCAUGGCGUUGUCGUGUUUAACCCGAGCUCUGCGCUCUCUGACUCUCUCCCAGCCUACUCUGCUCUCUUCACAAGCGCCGGUCGCUCAUCUGAAGCUGGGAGCUCUGGUGCCCAGUACAGUCAGCCAGUGCAGAGGCUUCCUGAUCACAGCCUCUCUGAAGCAGAACAGGAGGAACUGGAAGCAGAUGGAUAAGUACACCAUAAGGCCAAUAGGGAUGAAAAAGACUGGAGGGAGAGAUCACACAGGAAAGAUUCGAACAAGGGGCAUUGGUGGAGGCCACAAACAGAGGUAUCGGUGGGUAGACUUCCAGCGAUUACGCUAUGAACCCAACAAAGAAGAUCAGCCUUUUGAAGAGAAGGUUGUCGAAGUGCGCUACGAUCCAUGCAGGUCUGCUGAUAUUGCUCUGAUAGCAGGAGGCAACCGCAAAAGAUGGAUCAUUGCAACAGAGAAAAUGCAGGCUGGAGACAUCAUUAAAACAUCGGGUGUCAUUGAACGCAUGGCAGUAUCAGCAAAUGAAGGGGAUGCUUACCCACUAGGGGCUCUUCCUGUGGGGACACUAGUGAACAACCUGGAGAUUCAGCCAGGAAGAGGAUCAGAGUACAUACGUGCUGCAGGCACAAGUGGUAUUUUGCUGCGUAAAGUAAACGGGACCGCAAUUGUUCAGCUCCCUUCAAAGCAGCAGGUUCAGGUGUUGGAAACCUGUAUGGUAACGGUGGGUCGCGUGUCAAACAUUGACCACAACAAACGGAUCAUCGGCAAAGCCGGUCGCAACCGCUGGCUGGGGAUCCGCCCGUCCAGCGGCUUGUGGAAGAGGAAAGGAGGCUGGGCAGGACGGAAGAUUAAACCGCUGCCUCCGAUGAAGAGCUACAUUAACCUGCCAUUGAUCUCCGCCAACUAACACAGAAUUACUCUGUUUAUGUUUGGUCUGUAGGUGAUAUUGCUGGAAGAAAAAAACAAACAAAAUAAAUAAAGACAAGCUGCUUAUAUGGAAGAUUAAAAAUUUUAUUAAACACAACUGCUUGUGAGAGCAUGGAAAGAAAAAAAACAAUAUAAAAAUCCAAAACAUAUUUACAUCUAUAAUAAAACAUGCAGAGUAACCCAUAUUUUUUUAGUGGUAAAUUUAAAAAUACUGUCAUGUCAUCUAAAAUAGGGUUUGUGCAAAGACACUGGGUGGUAGUUCAAGUACCAGGAGCAAUGAGAUGGCAUGGCUUAACUGGAUUCUGACCUGUUUUGUAAGCAUAACACUGAUGUUUAGUUUAUUUUGCCGAGUUGUGGUAACAGAGGGAGCAUGCCUGCUCAUUGAUCCAGCCUUGUAAAACACCCACAUGCUACCUCUAGAAUCGGGAGGGAAAAACUGAAGUUAAAUACACUAAAAUAGGAUUAUAAUUUGUUCAUAUGUAUUAGAAAGGGAUUAACCCAUGUGGCUGGUUCCCUCAAAACAGUAAAACUGUGAGGAAGUGUCUGGAUUUCUGACCAAGAGUCAAUACCAACUCCUUCAGUAAGCAGGUUACAGGGAGAGACAGACGACCGGGGGUCCAUGGGCUGGUAAAAUUAAGUGGCAAAACAUCAGGGAACUUUAGCCCAUCAACACAAAGAAAACGUCUUUUGACUAUACAUAUAGGUAGUGGUUUCCAUUUCAAAUAUAACAUCUGAAACACUUUAAGGUGUGUCCAAAUUAGAGUUACUAUGCGUAUAAAACCACAUGAAAGUGCAUUACAAAGUGAGGGAAAUGUAUGAGAAAUAACACAACAGUGUUUGCAUUGUUGACUUCAUAGUUAAGAGUUCUGGAAAUAUAUUUGGCAUUCAUGUCAAGAAGUAAAAGUUCACUAUUUGUGCUUUCAAUUUAGUGGUGGGGUGUGGGGAUGGUUUGUGAUUCACAAUAGCAUAUCAUGUAAAUAUUUAUAUACAGUAAUACAAAAAAAAAAAAGCCAUCCUAUCAAAGCUUUAAAGUCUUCACUUUAUAAAAUGCAAACUCAAACAGAAGGCCCUUUGUCCAAAGAAAGGUUUUCCUAUUGCGAAAGUUUUCACAUAACGCUAUUCAGGGAGUACCAUCGAACGUUGUAGCACACCAAUGCAGACACACAGGCAGUGGACUUGGACAUCUGGCCAAACUUUGUAG